UCACCCCAACCCAAUUUAAAAACUACUAUCACAAAAUAAGAAAUCAGAGAUUUCAGACCACUGGGAAGUAAAAGAGUAACUCUACGCACACUCCUGGCAGUGUUGAGUUUUGAAUGUCUUCAUUAAGGCACUCUACUGACUUAAUCUCUUUACAUGUACAUCCUUGCCCCAAGUGCAAAAUAGUGGACAAAACCACCAGUUUUAAGUUUCAGAGGCUUUUACGGAUUAUGGUGUAGAAUUUGAAAUAUUGCGAAUUCAAAAGGGACCCCCCCCCCCAACCUCCAGCAAGUAACUAAUGUUAACAAUAUGUUGAGUUUCAGAUGUCUUUAUUGACCUUCUCCCUUGCCCAACCAAGAGCUGCAAACAAAACCACCAGUCUAAGUUUCAGAGGCUUUUGUGGUAGAUGGUAUUGAAGUUGAACUAACUUGGUAAUGUCAACAAGCGUAUCAUACAACAUUCCCUUGUCAGACGGCAGUGACGCAGUUGGAAAAGUUGCCUGUAGGCUACAGAUUCUUGGGCACGGAGAUUCUUACAAAAAAGAAGCCAUGAACAAGAAAGCAGUGCUUGUGAUCCUGGCAGUCCUGGUGCCUCUGCUGCAGGCUUCAGGGGAGGUGACUGAUGGAAAGUCUGGGAACGGCCCUGUCAACAUUAACUUCAACCUGCCUGGGUAUUACCUGGGAGGAGGGGACAUAUUCACUGCCAGUCGGGAGAAUCUUCUUGCUGAGUUGCAGGGCCAGGUGAGGGAUAUGGAACUGAAGAACGCUGAUCUGACAGACAAACUCACCGACUUACAGGAGCAGCUCAGGAACGUGACCACUGAGCUCUGGCUCCAUAAGAAAGCCUGCUGUAACAAGACACUGGUGUGUCCCAGUGGUUAUGAAAAGUUCCUGGACAGGUGCUACAAAUUCUCCACUGACAAGAAGAACUUCACCGAUGCCAGGUCCACCUGUCAGGCUGCCGGGGGGCACCUGGCUAUGCCUAAAGACAAGGCAACAAACGACUUCCUGGUCAAACAGAUCAAAGCUAAGAACAUCUCUGAAAUCUGGAUUGGACUGACAGACCUGGUGACAGAGGGAACCUUUGUGUUUGAGGAUGGGACGUCACUCAGCUGGUCCAACUGGGCGCAAGGCAUAGGGGCACCUUUUGCUUACCCCGACUAUGACUGUGUUGCACUGACCCCCUACCAAGGCGAGUGGGGUACUAGUUAUUGCUCCAUGACCGCUACAUAUGUGUGUGAAGUGAGUGCUACUGUUUCACAUUAGACAAGUACAAAGUCACAAGCCAUGGCAAGUACUGACUUUGAAGUUAAAUAAAAAAGAAACUAAUACAUGUAAUUGUGUUCAUGUGUCAGUUUGAAGACAUGUGACUGUCUAAUUAUGUUUUAUUGUCAAAGUGUGUUUGUACACCAUCGCAAGGCAUACAAAUUUACAUACUUUGGUAUAUCGAAGGUCUUGUUUGAGUUUGGA